AUGAAGGCCGGAAACUUCUUCCUUGGCGCCCUUAGCUUGGCUGCAACAACCAAGGCUGCAGAAUGCGGUGGCUAUGGAGUAGGCAGCGACAGCAUUGGAGCCUGUACCGACAGGUCUGGAAACUACAAAGAUCGCGAGAUCUUCUGCACUACACUGGUUGGACAGGGGAACUGGAAGCGGACCUGCCAGAACGGCCGUAACUCUGGCAAAUGCCAUUUCGAGUACCAAGGCCCAGGGAUGCCUCAGCAGAUGUGCUGGGACGCAUAUGAGAAUAUCAUCAACCAAUGUUUCAAUCAUCAGAAUGGCGGGGGUUAUCAUUACGGCACUUGGAGCCUCAAUGGCCAUUGGUUUGCCAUUGAUAGGUGCAUCUUUGCAGUCAUCUUGUUACACCUCUCAGGUACAGGUUUGGCACAGAAUGUCUCCCUCUGCGCCAAGGAAAUUCGGCAAGUCGGCGAAAGCUUUCAAAUCUACAACUCGACACGCACACUGUCCUACAAGUUCGAAGGGCAGUCGAAACCAUGGUACAUAACCGCCGCUGUAACAGACUUGCGCCCCCCGUUCAUAGCUGGGGUCUCCCCUAGGACCAACCCGGCUCAAGAGCUCAGUGCCUUUGUUAGCAUUCCGCGAGGAAAUGGUGCAAGUCCUGAUGGCAAAGACAUCCGGGUAUGCUCGCACAUGAUGAUAGGCGUAAGAAAACACUCCGACAAUCCAACUGAUGCGGAACACUCUUGCAAAGGAGUCAUCAGCGAUAAGUGUAUCAGAGAAAACGAGACUGCAACCAUACCGAUUCCUGCGCCCGGCGAACUUUGUCCGGAGUUUUCCGUUUUCAGCUCUAAUCUGAGCGAUGAAUGUAGCAGACAAGGAUUUGCUGGCAUCGCCUCGGCACGGAACCUUUCCUCGACGCGUUGUUCGCUCGAUGAGAUGCCGUAUCUCGAUCUUCCGGCUAAUUACACGACUUUCGGCACUUGGUGGACAGAGCUAGAUGGCGAAGGUGAUGUUGAUGAUUUCGAUCUUUAUGAUGAAAGAGUUCAGCGGACUAUUCCUGUGUUGAUGUCUGUAGCAAACGGCGAUGAUAGUAUUGAAACCAAACUGUUGUGCAUUGCUCCUGAUCAGGUUGUUCCUGGCAGUCGGAAACCUGAGUCGAAACUGGAAGAAGAAGAUGAGAACACGGCGUCACAAGUUGGAGGUUUGGGGGCUGUUUUCCUUGGUGUUGGCAUUGUUAUGAUCUUCAGUCUUCUCCCCAGCGACUUUAGAGGUAAAUUUGACGAACGCGCGAUCUUCUUCAAUGCAUCGGGUACCCUGCCCAUUGAGUUCAAGGGAGCAAAAGAUCCAUUUUAUAUCAGCACUGCUAUCACCGACGAACGCAACGAAACCCGCACAUUCGACGGCGCUCACUCCAGACAGUGGAUCAAGGGCUUCAUAAGUGUUCCUCGAUACCUCGUUGCUGACAAGUCCGUCGGGGUCUGUUCAUUCAUGUUCCAAGGACUCAACAGCAGCUCUGAGAACCCAGGCGAUGCAGAUGAGUCAUGCAAAGGCGUCAUAAGCGACGCGUGUAUCGAGGAAUUCGAGAAUUCGACUCUCCCGAUACGCACUAGUGGAAAUUGUCCGAGUUCCAGUGCUUUUAUCCUCAGCGAUGAAUGCAAGAAGCACCUUACUUUGUACCAAACAGACUAUUGGACGUAUGCCGGUUCAGUCUCGUCUGGGGAGACAGGUAGUGACGACUAUGAUGACUUUGACUCUUAUGAUAUGAGAGUUCAGCAGACUAUUCCGAUAUUCACGGUGGUGUCGGGCGGUGGUAUCAGUGAUAGGAAGUUGGUGUGCAUUACUCCUGACAAAGUUGUUUCUGGCAGUCGAAAACCCGAGAUGAAGCUAGAAGGAACUGAGGAAGUUGAAGAUGGAGAGAACGAGAAUGAGGAUGAGGAAGGGGACGAGAACUCGGGGUCGCGAGUUGGAGGCCUGGGGGCUGCUUUCCUCAGUACUGUCGUCAUGAUCUUCACUCUCCUGUAG